UCUGCGCCUCUCCGCAGCCCUCCCUUUUUUUUCCUCAGCCGUGUAAUGGCUGCUCCCAAGACACAGGGGGCUGCUAUCCAAGGAGAGGAGGACGGUGAUGGCAACCGUGGCGGAACUGGGGGUGUCAGUUAUGAGGACAGUAAGGAUUGUAUCCUGGAGCCGCUUUCCCUGCCAGAAAAUCCAGGUGGCACCACCAGUUUAGAAGGUUCUCCAUCUGUGCCUUGUAUUUUCUGUGAAGAACAUUUUCUUAUAGAUGAACAAGACAAACUUCUGAAGCACAUGAUCAUUGAACAUAAGACUGUCAUAGCUGAUGUUAAGUUGAUUGCUGAUUUCCAAAGGUACAUUUCAUAUUGGAGGAAAAGGUUCACUGAACAGCCCAUUACAGAUUUUUGUAGUGUGAUAAGAAUCAAUUCCACAGCUCCAUUUGAAGAACAAGACAAUUAUUUUUUGCUGUGUGAUGUUUUACCAGAAGAUAGAAUACUUAGAGAAGAACUUCAGAAGCAGAGACUGAAAGAAAUUCUGGAACAACAGCAACAAGAGCGAAAUGAUAACAGUUUUCAAGGCAGUUGUAUGUUUUGCAAUGAGGAAUUCCUCGGAAACAGAUCUGUUCUUUUGAACCAUAUGGCCAGAGAACACACUUUCAACAUUGGGUUGCCAGACAACAUUGUAAACUGCAAUGAAUUUCUGUGUACAUUACAGAAAAAGCUUGACAACUUGCAGUGCUUGUACUGUGAAAAGACCUUCAGGGACAAAAAUACACUUAAAGAUCACAUGAGGAAAAAACAGCAUCGUAGGAUCAAUCCUAAGAACAGAGAAUAUGACCGAUUUUAUGUCAUCAAUUAUUUGGAACUUGGAAAAUCCUGGGAAGAAGUUCAACUAGAAGAUGAUCGGGAGUUGCUAGAUCAUCAGGAAGAUGACUGGUCUGAUUGGGAAGAACACCCUCUCUCUGCUGUCUGCCUAUUUUGUGAAAAGCAAGCAGAAACAAUUGAGAAAUUAUGUGUCCACAUGGAGGAUACACAUGAAUUUGAUCUCCUCAAAAUAAAGUCAGAACUUGGACUGAACUUCUAUGAGCAAGUGAAACUAGUCAAUUUCAUUCGGAGGCAAAUUCACCAAUGUAGAUGUUAUGGCUGCCAUGAGAAGUUCAAGUCCAAAGCAGACUUAAGGACUCACAUGGAGGAAGCUAAACAUACUUCACUGCUUCCUGAAAGACAGACAUGGGAUCAACCACAGUAUUAUUUUCCAACCUAUGAAAAUGACACUCUGCUAUGUACCCUGUCUGACAGUGAAAGUGACCUGACAGCUCAGGAACAAAAUGGAAAUAUCGCCAUCAUUAGUGAAGAUACAUCUAAACUGCAUGCUUUGAAACAAAGCAGUAUUUUGAACCAGUUGCUACUACAUGAGUCCUUGAAAAACUAGAAGAAACUGCCACAUAAGCAAUGUUUCAUGUUUUCUCCAAUGAGACAGAUGCAAAAGAAUACUUUAAAUUUGAACAUCAGCAAAGGAUUAGUCUUUGGUAAAAUUUUUUUUUUUUUUUUAAUUGGCUGUCUUGGGUCUUCAUUGCGGUGCACGGGCUUCUCAUUGCAGUGGCUUCCCUUGUUGCAGAGCACAGGCUCUAGGCUCGCAGGCUUCAGUAGUUGUGGCUCGUGGGCUCUAGAGCGUGGGCUCAGUAGUUGUGGCACACAGUCCUAGUUGCUCUGCAGCAGGUGGGAUUUUCCCGGACCAGGGAUUGAACCCGUGUCACCUGCUUUGGCAGGCGGAUUCUUAGCCGCUGCAUCACCAGGGAAGUCCAAAAUAAACUUUUAAAAAACUAAUUUUUUUCCCAAAAGUAAAGUAGAAACUAAAUAAAAUGAAGACUUUUUGUA